CCCCCCCCCCCCCCCCCCCCCCCUCCCCCCCCCCCCCCACCCCCCCCCCCCCCACCCCCCCCCCCCCCCCCCCCACCCCCCCCACCCCCCCCCCCCCCCCCCCCCCCCCCACCCCCCCCCCCCCCCACCCCCCCCCCCCCCCACCCCCCCCCCCCCCCACCCCCCCCCCCCCCCACCCCCCCCCCCCCCCCCCCCCCCCCCCCCCCACCCCCCCCCCCCCCCACCCCCCCCCCCCCCCACCCCCCCCCCCCCCCACCCCCCCCCCCCCCCACCCCCCCCCCCCCCCACCCCCCCCCCCCCCCACCCCCCCCCCCCCCCACCCCCCCCCCCCCCCACCCCCCCCCCCCCCCACCCCCCCCCCCCCCCACCCCCCCCCCCCCCCACCCCCCCCCCCCCCCACCCCCCCCCCCCCCCACCCCCCCCCCCCCCCACCCCCCCCCCCCCCCACCCCCCCCCCCCCCCACCCCCCCCCCCCCCCACCCCCCCCCCCCCCCACCCCCCCCCCCCCCCACCCCCCCCCCCCCCCACCCCCCCCCCCCCCCACCCCCCCCCCCCCCCACCCCCCCCCCCCCCCACCCCCCCCCCCCCCCACCCCCCCCCCCCCCCACCCCCCCCCCCCCCCACCCCCCCCCCCCCCCACCCCCCCCCCCCCCCACCCCCCCCCCCCCCCACCCCCCCCCCCCCCCACCCCCCCCCCCCCCCACCCCCCCCCCCCCCCACCCCCCCCCCCCCCCACCCCCCCCCCCCCCCACCCCCCCCCCCCCCCACCCCCCCCCCCCCCCACCCCCCCCCCCCCCCACCCCCCCCCCCCCCCACCCCCCCCCCCCCCCACCCCCCCCCCCCCCCACCCCCCCCCCCCCCCACCCCCCCCCCCCCCCACCCCCCCCCCCCCCCACCCCCCCCCCCCCCCACCCCCCCCCCCCCCCACCCCCCCCCCCCCCCACCCCCCCCCCCCCCCACCCCCCCCCCCCCCCACCCCCCCCCCCCCCCACCCCCCCCCCCCCCCACCCCCCCCCCCCCCCACCCCCCCCCCCCCCCACCCCCCCCCCCCCCCACCCCCCCCCCCCCCCACCCCCCCCCCCCCCCACCCCCCCCCCCCCCCACCCCCCCCCCCCCCCACCCCCCCCCCCCCCCACCCCCCCCCCCCCCCACCCCCCCCCCCCCCCACCC